AUGGCAACUCCUGCUGAUACCACCAUCAUUGCCAGAGAUCAAAGCCAUGGCCGGAACAUUAACGAAGAUGGGACGGCGGCCAUAACUAUAAUCAUGGUGCCUUACCCGUCGCAGGGACACCUGAACCCGCUUCUCCACCUCGCCGGCUUAAUCUCUUCGGGUUAUCGUAAUAUACCCGUUCAUUAUGUCACCACUCCAGCUCACACCCGGAAAGUAAAGUCACGGGUUCAGGGUUGGGAUCCUGACUCCAUUUCCAACCUCCAUUUUCAUGGAUUACGGGUCUCUUCUCAUGAAGUAUCACCUCCACUCAAUCCAACUGCAUUUUUCGGGUCAUUUCAUCUUCGGGGGCCCGUUUUUGAACUGAUGAAACAGCUGUCCAGUGUUACUAGAAGAAGAUUAGUGGUAAUUUAUGAUGUCUUGAUGGCAUACGUUGUCCAGGACUUGGAUUCUAUUCCCAACACCGAAGCCUACGCCUUCUCGGCCUUUUCCGCACUGUUCAAUUAUUCCUUUAUGUGGGAACUACAGGGGAAACCCGAACAAUUUCCUGAACUCCAGUUACUCCAACUCCUGCCUGAGAUUAAGUUGCCGCCCAGAUUUUCGGAAUUCAUGCGAUUACAACUAGGUACAAAAGUAAACCGAUCAGGGACACUUUUCAAUUCCUCCAGGGCAAUAGAAGGUCCAUUCCUGGAUUACGUUAGAGAGCCGAUUAAUACUUUCGGGUCAGACAGGAUUUGGGCAGUUGGCCCAUUGAAUCCUCUUCAUGAGGAAAAAGGGUCAAAGAAGGACAAGAGUGAUCCUCGACAUUAUUGCCUUGAUUGGCUGGAUAAGCAAGCUCCCAAUUCUGUGAUAUUGGUGUCGUUUGGUUCCGCCACUACCCUCUCAGAUGAGGAGAUCAAAGUGACCGCAAUUGGGUUGGAAGAAAGCCAGCAGAGAGCUACUGUGCUAGUGACUAAGGUGCUAAAAGUUGGUAUGCCGGUCCUGGAGGAACUUUUGGCAUCUGAUCAUCAAGCUAAAGAGAUUCAUGUGACCUCAAAAGACAUCAAAAAUGCUGUCAGAUCAUUGAUGGAUUCUGAGGAGGGAGAGAAGAUUAGACUGAGGGCAGAAUAA